AAAAAUGACAUCAGAGAGACUUUUAUAUGCAAGUAUUUCCAUCAAGCUUGAUGUUCCAUCAGAGAUUUAAAACUUUUACCUUCUCCUAGCAGUUAAACCAUUUCCAACGAUAACUAAACUACAGCCUAAAUGUGGAAAGUUACCUGGACAUGAGUAAGUCCAGGGUCUUCAGGGCAAGUAGUAUAUUUGUCUUUAUGAAUUCAGGAAAACAAAUAUUUGCGUACGCAUACAUGAGCUAUUGUCUAAUGCAAUCCUUGGCUGUAUGAACAGCUGCAUAGCACGGGUGAGCACAGAAGUAAUAUUAUUUCUCUAUGGUACUGAUGAGCACUCUCCUGGACUAUUGUGUCCAGUUUUGAUCACACUUCAAAGAGUGUUUUGAACAAUUGGAGGGAGCUCAGAAAAGAGGUACAAGAAUGAUUAAAGGUCUGGAAAACCUGCCUUAAAGUAAAUAGACUGAAGUGCCUAUCAAGGAGAAGGUAAGAGGUGACUGGAUCAGCCAAGAACACUAUCUAUACAGAGUGCUCCCAUUUGGCCUGUUGAACACUGGGUGUGUCUGUCUGUGUCUGUGUCAUGAAGGUGCUCUCAGUGAUGGCAUCCUACGUGAGACAGCUGGGAGUCAGUCAGUUUUUCCCUUCAUCAAUGACUGGCUCCUUUGAAUUUCAUAAGAUAGACCUGUAGACCGCAAUAAACAAAGCUCUGCACUUGUUCAAGGGCCUGAGGCUAACGCAUCUUGAACUCCAGUUACUUCUUUUAACGUGGGUAAAAUAAUGUAUUUUUCCCUAAUCUUGUUCUCAAACAGCUUAACAAUUUUAACUGAAACUUAAAAAAUCAGCCUGAAACAGAUACCUGCCCUAGGUACACCUCUACCCUGAUAUAAUGCUGUCCUCGGGAGCAAAAAAUCGUACCGCGUUAUAUCGAACUUGCCUUGAUCUGCCGGAGUGCGCAGCCCCGCCCCCCCGGAGCACUGCUUUACCGUGUUAUAUCAGGGUAGAGGUAUAAUUUCAACCCCAACUAUUAGUUUGACAAAGUGAUAAGCAACUAAAAUAGGGUCUUACCAUGUGUGGGGUAACCUUUGCUAUGUAUAUUGCUACCCCCUCUGCCUAUAAUCAAAUGAAACAGGAAACUGAUCAGCCACUGAGGGCUUUUCUACAGCAAGAAGUUUACCAGGAGCCUAAUUAUACUGGUAUAACUUCCCAUAUGGUCGCUCUUAGGCCUUGUCUACACUCGCAAGUUAGAGCGCAUUAAGUCAGCCCCAGGCAGCCUAACUCCUGAGGUGUCCACACUGGCACGGCAUGUAGAGCACCCGGACUCUGUGGCUGGAGCGCCGCUGGUAAUCCAUCUCCAUGAGAGGCAUCACGCUUGGUGCGCCCUGGCUGGAGCACCGUGGUGCCAGUGUGGACGCCCUGGUCUAUUAAUGCGCUCUGAUCAGCCUCCAGAAGUGUCCCACAAUGCCUGUUCUAGCCACUCUGGUCAUCACUUUGAACUCUACUGCCCUGCCCUCAGGUGACCAACUGUCAGACCCACCCUUUAAAUUCUCUGGGAAUUUUGAAAUUCCCCUUCCUGUUUGCUCAGCCAGGCGUGGAGUGCUCUCAGCGCAUCUGUCCAGGUGACCAUGCCUCCACCCGCCUGGUGAUCCCCAGUAUGGCGCAAUGGCGAGGUGCUGGACCUCAUCAGUGUUUGGGAGAGGAAGCUGUCCAGUCCCAGCUGCGCUCCAGCCAUAGGCAUUAUGAUCUCUUCGGGCAGAUAUCAAGGGACAUGAUGGAAAGGGGCCAGAACCGGGACGCACAGCAGUGCAGGGCUAAAGUGAAGGAGCUGCGGAAUGCCUACCGCAAAGCACGGGAGGCAAACCACCGCUCCGGUGCUGUCCCCACAACCUGCCGUUUCUACAAAGAACUGGACACAAUACUUGGGGGCGACCCCACCUCCACUCCGAAGAGCACCAUGGACACUUCAGAGGCCGUGGCAGCCCAGAGUGCAAGGCAGAAGGAGGAAAGUGGGAGCAAGGGUGCUGAGGAGGAGGGGGGCCCAGAGCCAGAGGACACCCCGGCAUCCCUAGACGCAUGCAGCCAGAAGCUGUUCUCAAGCCAGGAGGAAGGUAGCCAGUCGCAGCGGACGGUGCUUGGGGAAGAACAAGCAGCAGAGGAGGUGCCCGAUGCAACCUUGAAAUCCCAGCCGUCCUUGUUAUCAAUGGCCGAAAGGCUGCAAAGAAUCGGGAAGCGUCCGCGAAGAACCAAAGAGGACCUCCUGCAUGAAGUCAUACAGCAGUCCCUUACUGAAAAUCAAAAGGUACAGGAGUGGCCGGAGACUGAAAGGAGGCUCCGCCAGCAGAAUGCGGAUCGCCGGCACCAAAGCACGGAGCGGCUCAUAAGCAUUAUGGAGCGCCAAGCGGAUCCGAUACAGGCGCUCAUAGCACUGCAGAUGGAGCAGAUGCCCACUCCACCCCCUGCAGCCCUUGUCCCAAAACUCUUUCCCUGGUGCCCCCGUCACUGCUAAUCCCCUCCCCCCAACAUCCAGUUUCAUACUGCCGACAGCUGCCUCCAACACCUGUAGCUUCACCACCCAGCCCUGCAAAGUACGACCCUUACCCACUGCACUCAACCCCCAUCACCAUGCAUUUUAGCCACCCUGAAGUGCAGCACUUAUUGUGCAGCACUCCAGACAGGAAGGCUGAAUAUGAUAACAGGACAUACGCAAAUCUGUGAUUGUCACAUUCCAUACCCCGCACCCUUCCCUCCUCCCACACAGCACAGAUAUGUUAUGUCCUUUCUG